GAGGAGGAGGAGGAGGAGGAGAAACGUGGUACCUACGUACGUGUCUCGAGGAUGACUUUGUAGAACGAGGAAAGGAACAUUUUUUUCGUCGAAUACAGGAAGAGGAGAGACCAGUCUUCUUUUUCUUUUUACCUUUUUACCCGUGGAAUCAUCCUAGAUUAUAAUCGUCGAUACGAACGUGCAUGCGUCGCGUGUAUGCCUAUACCAGGGAAGGCAACGUCUUACCUUGACCCAGCACUUCCGGCUUUCGCCUCGCACAACUGGCUUUGCGUAAGCUGCUUGCCGCGAUGCGUUUUAUGUUUCUCUCUCUCUCUCUCUUUCUUUCUCUCUCUCUCUCUCUCUCUCGUCAGGUGCACGUAGACAAACAAACGUAUCCAAUGUGCGUACUCGUUAAAAUUAUAUCACAACGCUCGUACUACCGCAUUGGUACGAGCAGUCUUGCUCGUCGGGGAUUAAAUCGUGAUAAAAGUGAGAAAGCGAUAUCGCCUAAUUAAAACGAGUCGUUGUUAAAUCCAACUUUUGUCCACAUUGCAUUCGUCGAGAAUCGCACGACCUACGAGACGCAAAUUUCAUCCUUCGUACGAUCGCCAAUAACAUCGGUUACGCUGCAAACUCGUCGCGCGACGAGCCAGACAGACGUUCUGCUUCGAUCCGGUUAGACGUGUUGCGAAACAGGUGCGAAUUUCCGUUCGGAUAUUUAUUAAUUUCCGGUCUUUGCGAUCCGCCCUCGUUUCCGCGUAGUAAUUAAAUCUCUGCCAAAUUUAUGUCGCGACUUGGAGGGAAACGAUUCGUUGGCCCCAUUUUUCUUUUUUUCUUUUUUUUUUCUACGUCGCCCUGACAAGAAUGAACGUUCCCCUUUUAUCCUCGUAUUUAUCGCGAAAUAAUGGAUGCGAAAAAUUAUAUUUGUCAACAACCUAAUCAGCAUGUAAGUAUCCACGAGCUUUAAAACGUUUCUGCGUAGCGGCUAUCCAAGUCACUCUCUUUGCUUCUCUAGCGCAAAGGGACGAAUAAAUGAAUUGGCCUAGCUCGAUUACUCUUUGAUCGAUCGCGGAAUGACAAUGACGUUAAAUUUACUUUAUCCGGAUUAGCAGACCAAUUUUCAAUCUGUGGAGAGGAACGUUGGUAGAUGGAUUUUUCUCUUUGGUAGAUGCAACUAUAAGUCGCGUCUCAUCUUACGUACGUCGAUCGUACGAUUUCCGCGUGCAAUCUUAAGGUUUCUCGCGGAAACCUUGCUACGCCGUACGAAAGAAUGGCAAUUUCUCUCUCUCUCUCUCUAUCUCUCUCUUUCUGAAACUCUCUUUCGGAGCAAGCUACCUUUUUCCUUUAAUUUCCAGACGGUCGCAAUAUCGUGGAAAGACGAAAAGAAACGCAUCUCGCAUGGGAAUUCGUUUCUUUUUUUACGGCAACCAUUGAUCUCUAUCACACAUAUACAUAUUUGUGUUUAUCCGAGAACUUUGCUUUUCCGUGCGACCGACCGACCGAGAGACGUCGAUCUCGAGCACGAAUGAAAACGAAUUUGAAUGGGUCGAAUAUUUUUACGUUUUGCUAAAGUAAACAGAAAGAUCGGAUUUGUUCAACGUUUCGUUUCUAUGAAAAAGAACGAGGAUUUUUUACUUGCCGACUUGUUUCUUUUCUUUUUCUCUCUCUUCCUCUUGUAAAACUAGAGGGAGAUCGUGUAAAAUACGUUUCUCCCUGGAGGGAAUCGAGUCGGUAGAAAAAUUCCCGCGCGUCUGCUACCGAGAUAGUUGGAUAGAUAGAUAGAUAGAUAGAUAGAUAGAUAGAUAGAUAGAUAGAUAGAUAGAUAGAUAGAUAGAUAGAUAGAUAGAUAGAUAGAUAGAUAGAUAGAUAGAUAGAUAGAGAGAGAGAGAGAGAGAGAGAGAGAGAGAGAGAGAGAGAGAGAGAGACGAAAUAAAUUGUCGUCUGGAGACAAUUUCACGUGGCCUGGCCGUGGAGUUUUCUGCUGCGAAACGUUGAGUACUUUCGACCGUACGAACUUUACGAGGACAAGUUUCUUCUUUCACGUACGAAUUUAAGUACGCACACGAUCUGAACCGUGUGCUCGAAACUGCUCGUAGAAACGAAAAGCGCUAUGUGUACAUACAUAUAAUCUUAGCUCGAUGCGAUGCACUACUCUGUUUUAUGCAAAUGCUACGCCGUCCUUUGGCUCGAUUCUCCUUUCUUUUCUGUUUUUUUUCUUCCCCUUCCCCCGCCCCGAUAAGAAAUCUAAAUCUGGGGAUACUCUUGCGCAUAAAAUAAUGACAUUUCGUUAACCAAACACGUUCGAUCGUUUUACGUAAUUUGGAAUUACGUAGCUGAGAAGAAAGGACGAAGGGAAGAUUAGAAAAGGGAGGAAAUGAAGAGAGUCAUCGACGCAAAGAUAGAAAAAAGGAUUUUCAUCGAUCCUUUCUGCCCUUUUUCCCUCGAGUUAUCCAAAGGUAAGGUAAUCACCCUUCGAUCGCAUCCUGGGACAUUCUUUCGAACGAAAGAAAGGGUCGUCUCCAGCGAAAACUCGCUGCUUGCCGGCCGAUCUUCUUCUCUUCCUCUCCUUCCUCCUCCGUAUUCUCACGGUCCAGUCGACUGACACGUGGCACAAAUAUUUUUUAAAAAGUCUUCAAGCCAUUCCUUAUUGAGAAUCUUAAACACGUUUUAGACAUGUGCGUGACACACUUGGCUCUUGCCUGGCAUCUCGACCGCGUCUCGUCGACCAAUGUUGGACAACCAUCGCUCUCCAUCGACAUUAUUUGCCCUUUGAUCUUUCUACGUCCUUUUGUUAAUAAUACGAUUCGACGAAUACAUGGACGAUUAAUUUUUAUUUCUUUUAAUCUCAACUUAUAUUAUAUCAUAUUUCAUUUUUUAUUUUUUGAUCGGGAUUCGAUGGAUACCGACAAUUUUUGUCUCCGGACGACGAAAUUUCGCAUAUAACAAUGCGCCAAGUUUAAGCGUCGCGGACGUUUGAUAACGUCUUUGUAAUUUUACUUCGCAUGUACUACCUGCGAGUCAUAGGAAGAAAAGUAAAUAAAAAAGUCCAACGUCGUAUGAAAUAAUGCGCGGGUAAUUAUCCCAACUAUAUUUGAAAAGGUCGAAAAGGAGGAAAAAGAAAGAUAGAAGGAGCUUUCGACAAAUUGGAUCUCGUCAUUGGAAUCGGCCCGGCAUCGCGGGGACUCCUGAAAUUUUUCUCGCGGAAGUCCUUUGUGUCGCGAACUACGGGAACGAAAACUUGACGCUACGUUGCGCGCAAAAAUAAGGAUUUUAUAUCUCCCUGCUGUAACGCUCAUUAUUACGAAUAUAACAUAACGAAUUCGUUUCGUCGAAUAUUUUCUUUGGACGAUGAUCGAUGGAUGGGUGGAAGGAAAUAAAAGAAAAAGGAGAAACGUAAGUUUUCGACCGGACAUUUUGACGUCGCUGCCAAUAGAUUCGAGCGAAAAGAGAAAAAUACACGUACGCGAAUAAGCCCGGUUUCUUCGUCGUCAUUCUCUUCUCGCUUGUCUUAUAUAGGAGCCAUCGGCAUAAAUGGACACUAUUCCUGUGAAUUUUGGCCUACACGGCCGACGGAGAUUAUUCGAACUCCUUGAUUAUUCGAGGUCUUCGAAGCUCGGUCAGCAUGUGAGUUAGAUUAACGUCCUCGUGCGUUUUUCUAUUAUGUUGACGUGCCACAGUCGGGCCAUCGCUAGGACGAGCGAUGAGGCGUACCUCCACGUGGUUCCCUGUGGGCAUAUACCGUAAGAUGCAUAGCGAAAUCGUCCUCCUGGUUCGUCCUCCGGGCGCCUGGGAUUUUUUCAGGCCCUGCAACGAAAGCGUGGUUCGCUAGAAAAGUUUAAUUGCUUAAUACCAUCUUGGCGGCCAAAGCCGAUAUAGGAGAAAUCCUAAGAAGCGACGCGCCCCGUAGGGCCACGAAGGCCAGCAGUAUCUGUAUUAUAUAGGAAAGAAAUUUUGGAAAUGGUAUUUGCACAGGUAGACGGUUCCAACUGAAAGCAAGCAUGAUGCUUUUGCUCGGGCUUGGUAUUUACGGUUCAAGGGUUUUAUCCACAAGAGGGUGGGGAAGAGAGAGAGAGAGAGAGAGAGAGAGAGAGAGAGAGAGAGAGAGAGAAAGAGAGAGAAAGAGAGAGAGGAAGGACAUCGCACUUGUGGGCUUGCCUCACUGUUAUGUCUAACGAUCAAGACGAACAUUUUCUGGCGAUUGAAAAAUUCCUUGGCAAUUUCCCUUUUGGUCAAGGGGAAAUUCGAAACUCGCUCGCUUUCGUCCGCUCUCUCGCGGUGGUCGUUGCGUAAGAUCCUGUCGGAGGCGACGAGACGUUUCGCAAAGCGUCACGUUUCACGGUAGACUCGUAAUUGUAUCGUCUGAGAUUGUUCAUUCAUUUUCGCCAACUCCUUUAACGAUACUCUUUACCUUCCGUUUAAUAACUAUUCCAAAUUACAAAAAAAAAAAAAAAGAAAGAAAGUAGCGAAGAACAAGGUCUAUCCCAAAUGAGGAUAAAUCGGGAAAAUAAUGCGGUCGAUAAAUUUAUCUCGGACGCAUUUGUCGAUCGAAAUAAAAAGGCCGCGACCGCGAAAAGAAUCUACGUGACCAUCGACAACUCGGAGUACGGUUAAGAGCGUAAGGGCUCCCGUGUCAUCGGAGACAAGUCCAUGGCGCGAGAGGGGGGAGGGAGGGGAAGGACGAUACGACGAAAGGAACAGAACGUCGUCGACCUAUGGCCGUCUUGCGCGGUACGCGAAGAAACGAGUAGAAAGAUGGGAAGAAAUAGCGUUGGUGCUGGUGCUGGUGCUGCUAGUAGUGGUGGUGGUGGUGGUGGUGUUGGUGGUAGUAGUGGCGAUGGUGUUGGAGGCGGCGGCGGCGGCGGGGUUAGUAGUAGUGGUGGGAAUGGAUCAGAACCGAAGCGUUACCGUCUCGUCAGUCGGCCCGGAAACGCGGAGAGCUCGUUUUCGAUGCGCGAGCGCGCGUGCGUUCCGUCGCGAGGACUUUCUCUACACGUGACUCGUUCUUUUUAUUAUUUCUUUAGCCGUCGCGAGGUGGGUGUAUACCGGUCCACAGCGAAUGUGCGAGGAGGGAGUAAAACCAGAAGGAAUUAUAAUUAUAGAGAGUGCGUCGAAAUGGCAAGUGCGCGUCAAUGUCUGAGUUUACGUGCGUGUGCGUGCGAGUGAAAACCGACCAAAGUAUAUUAUUUCGUGGAUACGAGAAUGGUCAGCUUCAAGAGCAACAACGUGACCAGCGAACAACCAACGUCACAUUGUCAGGUGACUGGAGUUCGACGACCUUCACCGAAUCAUUUUCACGAUCAUCGAUCUAGUCAUCCGCACAGACAUGAAGCGCUGUCGGUCGCUUAUCGUUCUCCACCACCCUUACGACCAUCGCUAUCGCCUACGCUACCAACACCAUUGGCAUCAGCAGCAACAGCAGUAUCACUACCAUCGCCGCCAUCACCACCACCACCACCACCACCACUACCACCACCACCGUCGUCAUCAUCAUCGUCGAGUGUCGAUCCUACAGCGAUGCAGCGCGGUUGCGCCUUGCAUUCGAGGCUCGAACACCCGGUGACCACGUCCAACCCCGGGAUGGACGGCAAGAAGAUCGUCCAAGCGACAACGGCAGUCGUAGCGGUGGGCCAGGUGCGCAAUAAGAACAACGAUGCCACGGGAUUAGCGGCUUCCGUUUCCGGAAUCCGUCGACGAAGCGGACCUCAAGGAUUGCGAUCGCCCGCUGCGAAAAGACCCCUAUCAGCCCCGGUUGCCCUGCAGGGCUGGUUACACAAGCAGGGCUCCGAAGGACUCAUGCUUUGGAAGAAACGCUGGUUUGUCUUGUCGGAAUAUUGUCUCUUCUAUUACAAAGGUCCAGAGGAAGAGAAACUCCUGGGUUCGAUACUCCUGCCUUCGUAUAGGGUUACCGUUUGCAGACCCGAAGACAAGGUCAACAGGAAGUUCGCCUUCAAGGCUGAGCACGCGAACAUGAGGACUUACCACUUUGCCGCGGAGAGCCGUGAAAGCAUGAAUCAAUGGGUAAACGCGCUCACUCUGGCGACUCUUCUGCAGGAUCCCAGUCCCGGAAGGGGCGAAGCUGCUGUGGUCAUAGAGAUAGGACAACCGGAUGGUGAACGAAGCGCUAGACCAAGCGUUUCUUCAAUCUCCUCCGUAUUGAAUCAAAGUGCCGACGACAGCGAUUCCGGCUUUCACGGUUUUCUAUCCCGAGACGAUCCCAGUCACGCAUCCAACAACAAUUCCAGCCCUAACAGCGUCAACACUGCCUCCUUCCCGAAUCUUAGUGGGAGUAACGGUAACGGAAAUGCCAACAACAACAAUCUUAAGGACGUUCAGCACGUACCCAAUGGUUGGCCACAACAGUCCCCUCAAUACGGUCAAUCAGGCUCCUCGCAACAUCAACACUCGCAGUACUGUUUCUCCGAACAUUCUGUUUCUCAACAAGGUCACUCUCAUCAGCAUCAAGCAAUGUUGCAUCAGCCACAUCAGAAUGUCCCUCCGAUUUAUCAGCACAAGCAGCAACAGCACCAGCAGCAGCAACAGCAACAGCAACAGCAACAGCAACAGCAACAGCAACAGCAACAACAACAACAACAACAACAACAACAACAACAACAGCAGCAGCAGCAGCAGCAGCAGCAGCAGCAGCAACAACAGCCACAUGUUGGUCAGAUUAAUGUGCAAGCUGCCCAAUCUACGCCUCGAAAAUUUGGUCAGCCUAUAUACGCCAAUGCACCGCCGAAACCCAGGAGGUUAACCGACGGAUCCAAUGAGUAUUCCACUCCUUCUCCUGAGCCAGGUUAUCGAAGAUCUCCUGUCUCGCCAGACGUUACCUUAACCAGCAAAAGUCCCAUGUCCGAUUACGAUAGGAACAGCAUCAUUUAUGCCACCGGAAUGAGUCAGCCGUCGCAACAAAGUUUAAGAACGGACAAGUCUGGCUUGAAUUAUGGUUAUUGUCAAGUGCAAUCAACCGAAAGACGUACUCCUGACACUUACGGACGAAGUGCGAAGCCUAGACCCAACAGAGGAAACGGCGACUACGAAGAGGUGUACGGUAUACCUCAGCUUUAUCAGCGACCAGCUGGACCUGUUGUUGGAUAUACCAAGGGAAAUGCACCAGCUCCCAUACCUAUUCCCACUUACGCGCAACAUCAGCAGAUGCAUCAACAACAGCCACAAAUUCAUUCGCCAGUAACGCCGCCCAAUGUUCCCAUAAUAAGACAGCCAAUGGCCCAUCAACUACCACCACCGCGACCUCACAGUGCCGAUUUUCUCGAGUACGAAGCAGCAAGACGACCUCAGCAACAAAAUCUUGCGCAAAACGAAGGUUCUUUGAGCCAACAGAAACGCCCCCAAAGGCCUAAGUCGAGUUUAGAUAUAAUAAACCCAUCGGAUGCGACUAACGAUGGUUAUUAUUAUUCCGAGGAAAGAUACGCUGCACAAAUGCGCCAAUCAGCGGUGUAUCUCCAUCAAACGCCUCAGCAUCAUCAACAACAAAGAAACCAAUCGCUAUCGCGGGCUACCGUACCAUCAAAGAUACCAACGGUCCAUGAUAGAAACGGUGAUAUUAGAAUGGCUACUUUGCCCGAUUCUUCUUGUUCUACUUUGAGACGUUUGCAGCGAGAACAUACCCAUCCACAUCAACAUAAUAUAUCUGGUCAAACGUUGCAAAGACAUAAUGAAUUGUCCAACCCAGACGCAAAGAUGAGAAGAUCUUUACGUGAAAAGAUCUACGAAUCAAGUGCUCGCAAUACAUUGACACGCGAGUACGAAUCGUCGAUGAGUUGGAACAGAUCUUCCUCUCAUUCUAAUCAUGGAAUUAAUACGGCACAGUCGUGUCAGUCCGCUCACAGUGGAGCCAAACGAUGGGUCGAACAGCAACAGCAACAGCAACAACAACAGCAACAACAACAGCAGCAGCAGCAGCAACAAUUUUAUAGAUCUGCAUCGGCACGUUUGCCAAGGUCCCGACAUCCUGCCGCUUUGGACCAAGACGAGGAUGAUUACGGUGGACGGUCUUCCACGGAACAAGAUACUCGCGAUGGCGAACGGAAAAUUCAACAGCGAGAAGAGUCAAUGAAGCGUUUGCUGGAGUGGAAACAACGCAUGUUACAAUCUCCCUUAACGCGAAAACCAUCCGGAUCAUUGAAUCGGAGCAGAGCACAGAACGAGCUGUCGAAUUAUUAUAAACAGCAAGCUCUUCUGGACCUGGCAGCUCACGAAGCUUCGGUAACAGAAGCUCGUCAUUCGCGAAGAAAGGAGGAAAGCCACAGGUCACACGUUAGAAGCAAAAGUUCCGAUGGUCGAAGAACCGUCACUUCCGUGUCACGAUACAACAGUUACUCGAGCGACGACGAAGAGAUGGGAGACGUUCGAAGAAAACGAACGCGCAGGCCCUCGCAUGCAGGAAGGAGCCCCCGACAUGCCGGUGACGAUCGUUCGUUCACGUCGACUACCCAAGAGAACGGAAGGGCAGCGAUACAAGGAAGCGUACGUACGAACGUUCCAGCGUUAUCAUCGGCGCAGUUAGGACAGACGAAUAUUCGAUCGAGGAACGAGAGUAAAAUACAUUUCAACGGCAAGACUUCCCUGGCAAGUCCAUCGAGUAUACCACCUGACGCCGGUUACGAGGAAAUAAGUUUCCCACCGAUGUCAAGGAAGACCCGUACGGAUGCGUACCUCGUCAUGUCCGAAAAUGUUCGAUCUAAUAAAAUAGCGGAACGACGUCUCGAAUAUGGACAUUUUAACGAAGCUCAGCGCAAGCACCAGACGACGUUGUUGAAAAAAUCAAUGGGUAUAUUAAAGUCUUCUAGCCUGUACGAGAUCGACGAACGAUCGACAACAAUCAACGUUGCAAUUGGCAACGUUGAAAUGUAUAGUAAUACGAACGAUUAUGUCCCCGCGGACGCGUGGCCUUCCGUUCAUAAGUGCGUUCAAUGGGAUUCCAAUGAGGAUAAGGAUAAGGAGGAAUGGGAUUCCAAUAUAGAUGAAAGCAAACUCAUAAAGGAGUUUUCUUAUCAGUAUAUAAAGCCAAAACAGGCCGAGCGGGCCGAGGAGGCUUGCGGGAAAGUGGUGGAGGAUCGUUCGUUAAAUACGAUCGAAUCUACGAAUCUCGUACAGUCGAGAAUAAGAUCGUUCGAAUCGAACGCGGAAAAUGGUAGUCCCGUUAAGGAGAUGCUUACUAUGCAGGAAGCAUUGAAAGCUUCGCCGGUCGAGACGUCCAUCGAGGCACAUGUUUCGAGAUUGGACUCGUCGAGAAAGACAUCUUCGAUUAUUCGCAGCUUUGCUUUGGGCGAGAAUACGAAAGGAGGAAGUGAUUCUGGCGUUUCGCAACUGAAGAAGGACGGACACGCAAAGCAAGCAUCUACUGACAGCAACAAGUCGGUAAAGGAUCUCUUGGCGGAUUUCGAACGAAAGUCUCAACGGGCCCGUAAAUUGGAGGAAUGCGAGGAAGUUAGGCAUCGAGGAGUUUUCAGCGACACGGAAACCCUUCUCUACGAAACCGGGAGCGACUUUGAUCAGCAAGAUAAGAGCGAAGAACGUGAGGAACAACAACAACAACAACAACAACGGACCGACGAAAUGUUGCUCCCAGAUCAAUCGAACCAGGUGGAAACGUAUUUGAAUACGUUGAAAAUAAAAAAAUCUCUAUCUCAGACGAGACAUAGAAGUAACAAAUCCUCUGUUGGCGAUUUUGAACAAAGAACAGUAGUCGAGGAGUCGUCGUCGUCAUCAUCACCGUCUUCGUCGUCGUCGUCGUCGCCGUCGUCAUCGUCGCCGUCGUCGUCGUCGUCGUCGUCAUCGUCGGCCCAUUGUCGAAUCGUCGAUGGUAAUUCGUGUUGCACCAAGAAAAUACGAGAAUCUGCUACGACGACGAAUCCGGAAUAUCCGUUAACGCACGAGCAAGUCAGAAGAUUUCCCGUCGAGGAAGGCAAAGGCGUCGUUACCGAAGAAGGCGAUUUGUCGAUACAAGAGGAUUUAAUACCGGAGGAACAUUAUCUUCCGAUGUCCCCAAGAAAAGCGAUUUUAGAUCCGAACGAGGAUGACAGGCCCAAUCCGAAAAUGAUGGAAAGUCUUUUCGCUAAUCUAGAGCACGAGGAGAGCUCGUACGUCGAGAUGGCGCAGAACAAUGUAAGCCAUUCGCUCUUGGCUCCUAGGAAGGAAACGAACGAGGAUCGUGAUUCCGGCGAUUAUUCGACUCUGGACACUUCGCAUUACGAAUUUGUCUGCGUUUCCGACAGCAAGAUCGAACCGGUUUACAUGGAAGUUAGCCAGUUAUCGGAGAAGGAAGAGAGAGACGACGAUGGGAUCUCGUCUAAGACGUCGAAGGUACGAAAGAACGAUGAGAUUGGACGCAACGGAACUAAAUCGGAUCUCCCGGACAUUUUGACGGCUUUGAAAUCGGACAGUUCCGACGCCGACGACGAAUCUUCCAAGGAUUUCGAUUCUAUAGAUGCACCGAGACAUCCACGAUUUAGUCUUUCGGAUACAUUCCGACCUGCUUCCUAUUACUUGGGUGCCAGUCGUACGAUGAUAGCCGAAUUGCACGAUUCCUCCGACAGUGAACUCGUCUCCCCGCCUCCCAUUCCUACUUCCCCGCCGCCGUUAGAGGACUUGGAUUCUUUGCAAGAGAUGCAAGAUUCCUUGGAGAUUAAAAAGGUGGCAUCGCCUCAGGUAGCCGUGGUCACUAAGGAAAACGUAACGAGCGUGGAUUCUCCAAAGUCGUGGAACAGAUCGGAUCACGGGGACAGAGAUCAGAGAUCACCGUCGAGGUUAUCCGAGAUGUCGGGUACCAUUAGUUCGACCUUUCGAGACAGUAGGAUGUCGUUGGAGAGCGCAAGCGGUAGCGAUUCGGUUUCGGUAGUAGAGCUUAGAAGUCCGGAAGAGGAAGCGGCGAGGCACAGACAAUUAAAGAGGAGACCAGUCAGCGACGAGGUUUGCGAGGUUUUGGACAGUCUCGAUGAAUUGGAAUCUAUUGAGAGUCGUUUCGAAGUGGAUGGUGCCAGUAUAGAUCUCGAUCGUUAUCUCGAGGAAUUGCAAGCGCGCGAUGCCUUUAACGUGGAUCUCUACGCCAAGGAUUUGAGUUACAACAGUAUUUAUGGUUUCAACGAGAACAUGUUGGUGGUCGACAAGCUACAAAAGACUACUUGUCAAGAUCUUUCGAGGAAAAUUAAGACUUUUAAUUUCGGACAGCCCCUUCGUUACGACAACAGAAACAAGAAGAACGGCUCGGCAAGUAGCCUGCCAUCUAUGAGAGUUUGCGAAGUGCCGCCUGUGCCGUCCCAUCAGCACUCGCAAUCCUACACGGGGGACGCUCAUUACGAGAACAUAUCGAGUUUCUUGCCAUUGAGAAAUUCACCUAGCGUACGUUCGGACCCUUCGAGCGAGCAACGAUCGCGAGACGACAGAGCUACGCUCACGAACGAGGACGAGCCGACAGAGCCAUGCCGUAACAAAAACUCGAGUUGUUCUUUGAGAGCAGCUGAUGGACGAUCCUCGACACGCUCGAUAGCCCCCUUCGAUUCUUCCGCUUAUUCUUCUUCUUCGGGAAAUCAUCUCGGGAACGAUCUCGUCCAAAAUCCAACGCAGACGGCCAAUAAUUCAUCGUACGGCGAGCAAAUGACGUCGAAUCGUUUUCCAAACGUUUUAACCAAUCAUAGAUCAUCUACCACCUCCGAUCACGUUCAGCAUCCAUCUCCGAUCUCCUCGUCAUCGUCGUCGUCGUCGUCGUCGUCAUCAUCGGUAAAAUCCAAUUCAUAUUUAUCGUAUUUAAACGGUCCCGAGGAACGCGUUCAAGGCGAUCAAUCCGGAGCACCGUACUACUACUCGGACCUUCGCGGCACCGUACGAGGUAACAACAACAACAACAACAACGACGAGAGGCCGUCCAUCGUUCACGGUGGUCAUGUCUCGAGGCUGCCGCAAUUGAACAACCAAAGAGACGAUGCGUCGGCUAUGAACAAGAGAAACGACAUCGGUCGUAUAGUGAAUCCAAUAGCUAGGCAAGUUCCCAGACAGAUUCAAGUCGAAGGCAUCGACGAGGCCAGACGCAUUGCCGCAGAGCUCAGGAAAACCACUUGUCGAUUGUUGAGCGACAACAAAGCCGAUUUGGUGGAUAAAAGAAAUUUUUACGAAGCCGACACCCUUCGGAGGGUGAAAUCUAACGAUCCUCUACCAGACGCAUCCUUGACGGAAGUUAGUACGAGAAAUCUUUAUCCCCACGGAUUGCGGGAUAAAACAGCCGACGGGGCCCGUUUGAAUACGACGAACGACACGCAGCCGGACGAGGCGCCUCUCCUCGUUCAAGCUUCGCAUCGGAGAUCUAGAUCGUUAGAGGGACUUUUAGACGACGUUGGCCUUCAAAAUCUCGUCGAACAAAGAAACCGGGCGAAUCGUUUGUUAGCCUUAUCGACUAGGCAAGCCGAGGAACGCGCCCGAAAUCUUUCCGCUCCAGUAGAUUGGUCGCAAACAACUACUUCGAACGAUUUUAACGUCUUGGAUCCUUGGGAACAGGAUUCCCUUUGGCGCGAAAAUCUUCGUAGAGCAAGCUUACGUAACGCCAGAUCAUUGGACAACUUGGAGAGUCAGGACGCUGGAUCAACGGCCGUAGGUUCCUCUUCUUGUCCCGAUGGCAAAACUCGUCCUAAGAUCACGCGAGGUGCUACUUACGUGAACGAUAGCAUGGUGAUGCGAAACGACAACGACUCGUUGUCGACUUUGGAUAGAUCGCGAGUCAAGCGAAGGAUCAACAACAAGCCCGAAGAGCUUGCCGUUCUCGAGACUCGUGAACCGACGAAUUCUCCUCUCAUCUCUUACGGUACUUGGGAUUCUCCGACCGAGGAAGUAUAUAGGAAAGAAUGUCCCCCUAUCGAGGUACAAGACGGUCAUUUUUUAGCGGAAGGCAACCUUCCCUCGACGCGAGCGACGAGGGACUUACGUCCGUCGUCGGAGGCUUGCGUGGCGAGUCGCCCCGCGAAUUUUGCCACGAGUUCAGCCUCGUUCGAGCUGGAUCGCGAAAAGUUACGACAAUGGGACCUACUGUCGAGCGCCUGCUUGCUCCAGGAACAGCAGCAAAGUACUACGAGGACAGUGGAGUCGGGGCGAGGGUUGCCAAUUGUCGAUCGUUUUGGACUUGUCAUCGAUUCGAAGAAUAUGCCCGUGACUACUACCAUUUCGACGACGACGACGACGACGACGACGACGACGACGACGACGACGACGACUACGACGACUACGACGACGACGACGACGACGACGACGACGACGACAUUGAUGACAUUGACGACAACGACGAGCAGCAAUGCCGGCGACGUGACUGUCGCGGAGGCAUUGAAGAUUACGAUAUCGGAAACUAUCGAUAAUAAGAGCGAUCCAACGUCGUUUCUUAAGGAACGUCAUCGAAGCUCGACGGCUUCCUUGGAGGCAUCAAAAAGACGAGAAGCGAUCGAGACGAUAGACUCGCGUAACCGGGCUCCAGCAUCCGGAUCUGGAUCGGUAAUAGGAAGAGAUCCACUUCCGCCGAGAGCAGUUAGCACGUCUCAUUUGCCCGAAAGAACUCUAACUCAGCCACCGGCUGUGGAAUCGACGUUGUCAUCGACCUUACCAUUGCCGCGAAGCACCAGUGGUCAUUGUCAGCAGCAUUUUUCUAUUCAUCGAUCGAGUUCGCAGGAACAGCAACAGCAACAAGAACAGCAACAAUUGCAGGCUGUCGAAUCGCAAAUUUUACGGGCCUCUAGUAACGGGGAUAUUGGAACUAGUCUAGCACAAACUAGUAACAAUGAAAUGAGGAAUUUAAAAAUGUCAUCGCUGAAUGGUCAUCCGGCUCAAAGAUUGCACUCGUCUACCGGACAUUUAAGAGUAAUGGAUUUGAGCGAACAUCGAAUUUCCAGUCCGAGCGAUAAUGAAAUUCAAGUUCACAGUCCAAUCGAAAGGAAAGUCAUUGGCUCGAUUGGUAUAGACGUGAACCGAGGUGGUGGUAGUGGUGUAAACAUCAGAGGGAAUCAACGGAUACGCGAGAGCACGGAACUACUUCACAAAAGGAGCAACGUUAAUUUGGCCUACCAAAGAAGAAUAGCUGGUGGUUCACCGACAGCAACAGCAACAGCAACAGCGGCGGCAACGGCAACGGCAACGGCAACGGCAACGGCGGCGACGGCGACGGCGACAGCGACGUCGACGCCGACGAUCACUCCAACGCCAACUCCAACUCCAACGUUAACUCCGACGCUAACACCCACACAAAUUGGAACGAAUGAUCUUGUUCGGGUCUCUGCUGGUGAACUCCUCGGAAGGACGCACGAAGAACUGGUUCUGUUGCUUAUUCAACUACGUAGGCAGAACGCGACCCUUCUCAAGGCCAUGGACAAUUGUAACAUGGAAAUUGAGGCUCAGGCAAGAUUGACAGAAUUGGACACACCAAGGCGUUUGGAGAAUCUUCAAAAACUCGAAGAGUUAAAGAGACACCUAAUGAAUCUUGAAAAGCAGUACGAGAAAGGGAAGCCUCUGAUAAAUCUCGUCGACAACAUGGUCAAGCUGGGCUCUUUAUACAAUCGUAAUACCGCCAAUGGAAGUAGCAGCAUAACAUCUUCUCGUAACGAUUUAUUCCAAGAGAAUACGAAAAAUCAUCGCGAUCGUUUGGAAUUUAAUCAAAGAGUACAAGAACAACGUUUGCUGGCCGAAGAACGCAGAGAUUGGAAUAGACUCAGUCCAGAUCAUGGACAAUUGCAGGCCAAGGUGCAGCAGUUGUACAAACUGGACCGAUUACUUCAGGAAGAGUCAGGUACCCUUCAUAGCCUUCAACAGGACAAGGAAAUUCUAGAAAAAGCUCUUGGAGGCUUGCGACAUAAAUUGCAAGGCAGCAGAAGCAACUUGAUUGAAGCAGAACACUACAGGAAGCAACAACUUUUAUUGGAACGCGAAUUGAGCAGAGUCAGAGUACUAUUGGCACACAAUUCCAAGGUAAAGCCGGUAUUCUCAGGUCAGAAACUGGAAGAAACCGUAGCAGAAAAUGCCAGAUUAGAGCAAGAUUUGGUAGUCCUAAGGCAAAAAUUGCAAGCUUCUAAAAGAUACGCUGGUAAUAUGAGUAGAGACCCAUCAGGUACAACGGCUCCUUUGGAAAUGGAAUUGAGAAGAGUUCAACAAUUGGUUGGUGAUCUUCAAAGGCAGAGAAAAGAGCUCAGUGUUCAGGUUCAACAGCUCACCGAAAAGUCUCACAGUUUGGUACAACAAAUUCGGCCACAACCAUCUCCUGCUCCGCCUGUUCAUCAUUCAAAGAAACGCAAUCAAAACUCUUGGCUGGAAACCGAUUUAGAUUCCGGGAUUACUCUUGAUCACGGCCUUGGCUCACCGGUGAGCCCGUCACUGUUAUCCUCGGCACAUGGAAAACAAAACCUGGAGAGCCCUUAUCGUCGAUACGCGUCACCAACGCAACACAAGAAGUCACCAUCGCCAAAUCAGCAACACGUCGAACAAUCUUCUGUACAAAGCUCGCAUAACCAUAUCUCGAGCUUGUCACCGCAAUUACGGGAACAAAUUCAGCAACAUCAAUUGAAGCAACAAUUGCUGAAAGAUCAAAUGCAGGGAAAGGGCAGUUUGAUCCAGAUUAAUGUUUCCCCAUUGUACGUCAAUACCGAAUCCAGAAUUCAAGAUACAAGCAAAAGCAACGAAAGUGGGAACCAAACGAAUAGUGGUGGGCCAAAUAUUUUACCGGAAUACAUUCCACCACCACCGAUUCAUCCUUUUAAUGAAGAAACAUCUUUAACGAAUGACAAUUACAAGCAAAACGAAGAUAACAAAUUUGCAGGUUUGUUGCACAAUCGAGAGAAGCAAGAAAUAAAGACCGUCAGAAUAGUUAAACGGGAAUCCGAGAGACGUCAAAGGGAUCGAGGAGAUAGAACUGGUAAUAUUGGAAUUCCAUUAACGAACGGACUUCAAGCGCCUGGCGUAGCGAAAAGGUUGUCCGACGAUGACGUUGGUGGUACACAGAAAUUCGAAAAGCCCCAGUUGGGUAAAGUCGUUGAAGAAGUACCGAUCGUUCACGCUCAAAGUACUGUACACCUGACCGAGCUUGACGACGUACAAUUCCAAAGAAGUAUGUCUCUUCCACGAGGAUUUGGUGGUCAGCGACAUCAGCCGAGUGUUCAUCAUGUUCCUGUUGCUCCACCACCUCGUAGCGAUAGCAUGCACGCUCUUAGAACAAUCAUGAUGCGAAGACACAAAGUUAAGUUUGAAAAUCACGACGGAAGCUCCGAUAGUACAUUGUCACCGUACAUCGAUAGCCCUACGUCGAGUUCGCAGAUGCCAAUUAGCACGUCAAACUACUCAACGAGUCCACCUUAUAGCCCAAGCCAUCAGAAUUAUCAUCCUGGACAAUCGAUAUCGAAAGGAUUCAAUCAACAACAACAACAACAACAACAACGAUACUACUCGCCGCACCCGCAAUACGGACAAUACGAGAAUUUCACAUCAUUCGCAAAAAACUCAAUAGCAUUGAGCCCAGAACCGAUCUCUCUUAACAAUCUCGGUGGCGUACCUCCAGAUAGGCCGACAUUUGGGUCGAUCGUUAAUGUGAAUAGCGCCUCGGAUUCCCCACAAUUGUCGCCUGUAUUCAAGAGCGAGGCCGCAAAGCAGAUCAUUAAAGAGAUGACUGAGAGAAAAGUCGACGGACCCAGAAGAAGACAGGUUCCGAAAGAAAAGAGAAGACACUACACCGUUUCUAGUAGCAAACCCGUUCUAGAUCUCGAGGACAGCUUCUCCAGGAUGGGUAUGGGUAGAGCAAGAGACGACUUGGACAUGGAACAGGCUCUCAGACCUAGGAUCAAUGCUCCGGACGUAGUAAGAUCGACUUUGAGUCACAAGGAGCUGAAAUAUAAUGAGAGUACGAUCGAUCAACUGUUGGGCACUCCAAAUAAAAUCGUCAUUCCUGAACGUUAUAUACCUGAACAGACGCCAGAAUUAACGGCGGAGGAGCAAGAGCAACGUUUGAAGAAAGCGGAGGCCAUAAGGAAGAUGCUUUCUGAAACGACUGUUACUGCACCCGAUGGAACCGACGACGACAUCGAUCUCGAUAAAUCGGACACGUUGAAAAGAAAAGUAGUCGAGGAGAAACGACAAAGAGAACACAUUCUUCAGCUCAAUCAAAUUCUUGCGAAGCAAGUGAUGGAGAAAAGUAAAAUGGUGGCCGUCAAGGCACUGGCUACGCUUCCAUUGAAGACUGAAUCGAGUAUAGACGACGAAGACCUCUCUCCUGUCACACCGUUGCCGCUCUAUCAGCAAAGAGAAAACUAUUACUCCUAAAUACAUCUGGAUGAAAAAUCUGGAUAUAUCGUUUCUUUAUGCUCACAACGAUAACGAAAAUGGAGAAUUUCUGCUCGUCGAUGAAGAAGAGAAAGAGAAACGGGAAGAAAAAGAAAAAGAGAAGAAGAAGAAGAAGAAGAAGAAGAAGAAACAGAUGCACAAUCAUUAUACUACUGCCAAUGAAACGCGCGAAACAAAGAACAUCGUUACGAUGGAAAUUAUAAGAGAAUACAAUAAAUAAGAAGGAAAAAGAAAAAUAAUGUCUGAGAUUCGUUGAGAUCGACGAUCGAACGAAAUGUGUUUUCUAUUUUUUUCUUUUUUUUUCUAUUUUUUGAUUUAUUUCUUUAAUAACAUUAAUAUUAUAUAAAAAAUGAUAGUGUCGAUGUACGAAACACCAUUAAAAUAUGUAAUUUAGAAUAUCAGUAUGGGACCGCGGCGAAAUGAUAGCUAAGAAAUAAAUAAAUGGAAAAUAAUAAAAUGCGUACGUCGAACGAGCUUUUCGGCGAGCUUAGAUAAUUAGCAAUAAUCGUAGGUAUUAAGGUACAAUAAUCGCACAACAUACUUCUCUUUGGGAAUAAAUCGGAACGAGAUAUUUGUAGUUGCCAUAAAAAUAUAUACUCGUAUAUUGAAUUUCCCGUAGGAUUCUUCAAAGAGGAAAAUGUUUCAUUUCAAAUCAAACAUCGUUGCGUUUCGUUCAUAUCUACAAUACAACGCCAUCGAAUUGAUCGUACAAAUCGAAUUGAUUUCUUCAUUCGCGACAGGACGUUUAGUAUAAAUAAAAACAAUAUCCCAAGAAAAAGAAAACGAUAAAACGGAGUGCCAAAAGUCAGUAGUGCGAUUAAAGCGAGGGUGCUACGAUAUUAUUGUCAAUUACAGAUAAAUCGUAAUUGCGUUAGCGCAGAAACGAAAAAUCAUUGGCGAAGACAUUUGAAUAAUAAAAAAAAAUAUGUCGAGCCUCUCUCUGCCAAGGUUCUUUUUAUAAGCGCGUUAUUAUAAUACUAUAUACGUACAUACGUGCGCGCGCGUAUGUGUGUUGGAUAUGUACGCAUGUAUGUAUGUAUACACACAUAUAGGGAUACAUUAUAUAUAAAUAUAUACAGAGGCGUACAUUUUCUCUGUGCAAACGUGUAUUAUUCUGACGCGACUGUACAUAACAAGACUAUUAGAUACGCAAGUGCGUAGCAGGUGUGAAUUUGUGUGUGUGUGUAUAUAUAUAUAUUAUAUGUACACACACACACACACACACACAUAAUAUUAAAUAUAAAAUAAAAUAGAUAAGAAAAAAAAGGCCCCUUGAAAAGUACGGCCCUAAAUUUGAUGAAAAGAGCAAAAAGAUGUUCCUUCGUCGAUGUGCUGACCUUCCGUCGACGCUGAUGGAUAUUCGCGAGUUUUAUCGUUUGGUUAGAUGGCACUUUAAUAGAUACAUACAUAUGUUAAAUCGACGGUGCGAGACUUCUUAUAUUACGUAUGUAUUACACGUAAGGUAACCGAGAUCUUUAUUGGAGGGCUCGUUAAAUAGUCAUUGCGUCAAACGCGGUAUACGAGAAGCGAAACAUGUGUAUCCGAUUACCGUGACUGCAAAAGAAACAAAUCACUGUUAUUGUUAUAUCGAUGAAAUAAAAUUAAUACGAUGAAUUAA